AUCUGGAGAAGCAAGAGUGCGGAAAAAGGGAAGAGGUUUUUGCCGUGAAAUUCACAAGUUGUGUGUGAUCAAUUUUGGCGUACACACUUUUCACAAUUUCGUGAUCCGCACUCAACAGGAUACAGCCCCAACGGGACAGGAUCUGUUCGUUGGGUGAACCAGGGUUGGCUGCAGUUUUGUGCGUUACGGCUUGUUUGUCGCCGUUCGUCGUGUACCGAGCGUGGGGUGGUAGAUAUUUUUGGAUUCCCAUCCGUUCGAGCGUGUACCGGGGCUAACAGCAGCAGGCUACUACUAGUGUGUGACAUUGCCAACAUGUUCAUCUGGGACUGGUUCACCGGCGUUCUAGGUUACCUAGGGCUAUGGAAAAAGUCUGGUAAAUUACUCUUCCUCGGUCUAGACAAUGCUGGUAAAACAACACUGCUACACAUGCUGAAGGACGACAGACUGGCACAGCAUGUCCCAACGCUUCAUCCAACUUCGGAAGAAUUGUCCAUAGGAAAUAUGCGUUUCACAACCUUCGAUUUAGGUGGACACACGCAAGCACGACGCGUUUGGAAGGAUUACUUCCCAGCUGUGGACGCGAUCGUGUUCCUGAUCGAUGCCUGGGACCGGAGCCGUUUCACAGAGAGCAAAAACGAGCUGGACUCACUGCUCACCGACGAAGCACUAUCGAACUGUCCGGUACUGAUUCUCGGCAACAAGAUCGACAAACCGGGUGCAGCGAGCGAGGACGAGCUGCGCAACUAUUUCGCCCUGUACCAGUUGACCACCGGCAAGGGCAAAGUACCGCGCUCGGAGCUGCCCGGACGCCCGUUGGAGUUGUUCAUGUGUUCCGUGCUGAAAAGGCAGGGUUAUGGCGAAGGGUUCCGUUGGUUAGCCCAGUACAUCGACUAAUAGUAUGCUUUAAAGAGCAAUUUUUUUUUCUCCUGUUUCGGGUAUCAAUUGGGUUCGAGAGUGGGGUAGAUUCGUCAGUGAAUGGAGGAACGCGAAGGAAAGAAAACAAUACACAAACAAAAGCCGAAA